UACUCUAAUUGCGUUUGCGUGUGUCUGCACUUUUCUUUCUCUGACAUGAAGGGAAGAGCUGAGUUAUUUCUUCUUUCUGCUUGUAAAUGGUACUCUUGAACUUCUGAGUGGAUCCUGCAGACUAAAAGAGCAGAAGUGGAAGAAUCCAGAGGUGCAAAAAUUACUGGAGUUAGGCUACCAUGUGGCAGUUUUGGAUGAAGCUCAUCUUGGCCUGGAUGUCUUUGGCAACCCCGAUAAUUGGCCAAAGUGGAGAUGGCGACUGUGGUUCAGGCUUUGACAUCUUCCCUGGCUUAAUGGCCACCAAUGACACUUUGGAGGCUGUAGGUGACGAGCCUGCGAGUGUGAAAAACGAGCGUCUCUCAACCCCGUCAUCAGCGUCCCCCUCGCUCCAAUUUGAACCCCAACCAGAUAAGUGCUCUGUCCACUUCAGCACUAAAGCCGCUGCUUCAUCUCGAAAGCUGAAGGCCCGGCGAGAGGAGCUGGACUACCUGCGGACGAUUCAACGCGGCAACAAGGCAGUGGUGGAGAACUUGGAGCAGUUUGUGGGGGCGGAGCUGGGGAAUCAGAAAUAUGAAGAUGUGAUUAAAGAAAACAUUAUCAACAUCCAGGAAGACCAUAAAGGCUGUAGUGAGGAUUUAGAAAAAGCUGAAGAAGAUUUGAGAAAACAGCUGGAGGGAGAUGGCUUCGCUGGGAUGGAGAAAGUAAGAGAAGAGUCUGUGGUCUUUGAAGAGAUGCUUCAUGCUGCAGCGGACAUUGCCAGCAAGUUGGAGAGGUCGUCCCAGUCCCUUCAUGUUUCAUUUACACGACAGCUGAAAGACAUUGCCAGAAUCCACCAAUAGGAAACUGAUGAUCAGAGUUUCGAAACUGUUCAGAUAUCAGUUUCCAGUUGAAUAAAUGUCUGAAUAAAGGCUGGCAAACUGUUAUGUACCAAGAUAUACAGACCUAAAUAUUUUGUGUAUUUUUGUUACUGAGAUGCAACGACGUCUUCUGUUACCAGGAAAGAAAAUGCUACAAGUUGUGAAAUGAUGGUUUAAACAAAUCGCCUCUCAUGGGGUGAGUCAUAAAAGCUAGACUUGUUAAAUAUUAUCUUUAAUUCAGGAAUUGUUUAUGAAAUAGACACACAAUCUUUGGAGCAAGUCUAACAUUUGUAAAGCAAACUAGAAGGGACUUUUGGAAAGCCAGCAUAGUGAUUUAAUAAACAUUUAGAAUGAAAAGAUUGUUGAUAAAAUAUGUGUUUUCAACAUUUAAAAAGUAAACUGCACUCACUUGAUAGUUUAUUAGGUCCAAUUUGCCAAGACCAAAUUGGACCCACACCUGUUGUGGAGAUUCCUAUACAUUCCUAUACUUCCUAUACUUCCUAUACAUACUGCGACCUCUCGCCCAGCCUGCAACUACAGAAACAAACAACACAAAACUUAAGAGGAACUUUAUAAUAAAUAAAACAAUAUAUAUAUUUCUAGAAAACGUUGCAUGUAUUUGUUGAAGAAGGUGCUCUGGACAGAUGAAACCAAACUCAAGAUAUUUCACUCUCCAAAAUGUUAAUAGAUCCAAGAACUGUUCUUGGUGAAUCUUGGUGAUGCCAUGUGUCAUUUGUGCUGCAAGGAUGCUUUUCUUCAGCAGGAAAGGCAAACUGAUUAGAGCUGAUGGGAAUAUAAUACAGCUAAAUACAGGGCAAAUUGGGAAGAAAAUCUGUUAGAGACUGCAAAAAGCUUGAUAGUGAUGAGUGAUUAUCUUCAGGAUUAUUCAUCCUGAGCAUACAGAGCUUCAAUGUAAUAGUUUUUAGGUCAAAGCGUAAUUGUAUUUUUUAAAUGGUGUAACUCAGAUUUAAGUCUGAUUAAUCUUUCAAAUUGUUUCACCCCGGAAGAGCCAACUGUGGAGCUGGUUUUCCUGAGUCUCAGAAAGAGUAUGCUGUUAAUUUAACAAUGUAUGUCUGGUCCAAUAAAAUCAUUUUUUUAUUAUUA